GGACACAGCCAGUGAGAGGCGCUCAGCAGCACAGAAAAGAGAAAGCAUUGGACGAGAAAUUGUUAUACACAAACCACCAACCAGAGAAGGUAUAUCACCUAUUCUACAAUCUCUCCAAAUCCAGAGUGGGGGAAGCAUGAACACAGCUGCAAAGUGAUACUCAGAGCUCAGAGCCGGGGAGGAUGCUGUACCUGGACUAACAGAGACACUGGAAUGCCAAGAGCUCCUCUAGGACACCUGAAACUCCCCAAUUCUACCUCCUGCUGGCUGGGCAUUACAGGGAGCUGCUGUGUUUCACUUACCUUAAGGAAUGAGGAUAAUGAUAUAAACACUGGCAAGCCUUGAGAGAUACAGACACCCAGAGAUCCCUACAGCAGACGAGGAUUGUUUGAGAUGAAAUCCCUGGCAUCUCUGAGCAUUUUUCCCAUUUCCAGAAAAAAAUUGUGCUACUGAGGAAAAAGCAUAUUGGAUUGGACAUAAAACAAUUUCUCAAAACUGAAUAUUCAAUUUGCUGGAGGCAUCAUAUAGCUCCUGAAAUAUUUUAAAGGGCUGAGCUUUAAUGAAGAAACGUCAAACCUGCUAACGAUCACGCAAGCACGGACUCCAAGCCCCCAGUGACCAAGAAUGGCGUUGUCAUGGAAACUGUUUCUGUUUCUGUCAGUCAUGGGGUAUCUAUCAGCUCUCACAAAGUCUAUUCCUGGACAACAGACAUCAUAUGCGGCAAUAUUAAGAAUAAAAUCUGGAAGUUCUUCUUCUUCUUCACUAUUUAAUGCAAAGAACAGACCCAGAUAUAGUUCUUCAUUACAAUCUCUUGGUCACUACUCACAGUCCUGGAGAGAACGAGCAAAACAUUACAGUGCUCCUACAAACCUGUAUCACUUUUCAGAAACCUUUCGACAAGAUGACGAGAGUGUGGAUUAUGGACCUGUAUUUAUCCAAGAACCAGAAAAUGUAAUAUUCCCAAUGGAUUCUGGAGAGAAGAAAGUGGCACUUAAUUGUGAGGCAAGAGGGUCACCUACUCCAAGUUAUAGAUGGCUUCGGAAUGGAACAGAGAUAGACUUGGAAAAUGAUUACCGCUACAGUUUAAUAGAUGGCAAUUUCAUUAUCAGCAACCCAGACGAGAUGAAGGAUUCAGGCCAAUACCAAUGCCUAGCAGCCAACUCCUUUGGCAGUAUCCUUAGUAGAGAGUCAACACUUCAGUUUGCAUAUCUUGGGAAUUUUAGUGGCCGGGUAAGAAGUGCUGUGUCGGUGAGAGAAGGUCAAGGAGUUGUUCUCAUGUGUUCCCCUCCACACCAUUCACCAGAGGUAAUCUACAGUUGGAUAUUUAAUGAGUUCCCCUCUUAUGUUGCUGAAGACAGUCGACGUUUCAUCUCGCAAGAGACGGGGAAUCUUUAUAUUGCCAAAGCACAGGCCUCAGAUGUUGGCAGCUACAUUUGUCUUGUAAAAAAUCUGCUGACGAAUACAAGAGUCAUGAGUCCUCCAACACCACUUACUCUGCGCAACGAUGGUGUGAUGGGGGAAUAUGAGCCAAAAAUUGAGGUCCAUUUUCCUUAUACUUUUACCGCUGCUAAGGGAACGACAGUAAAAAUGGAAUGCUUUGCUCUUGGCAACCCUGUUCCUACAAUUUCGUGGCGGAAAGUAAGUGGCUUUAUUCCAAGUAAGGCGCGCCUGAGAAAAUCACAAGCAGUACUUGAGAUUCCGAAUGUGCAAUUGGAGGAUGCCGGGACGUACGAAUGUAAAGCAGAAAAUUUCCGGGGUAAAAAUGCUUUCCGAGGACAGCUUCAAGUUUAUACCCAACCUCAGUGGAUUGAGAAGAUUAAUGAUACUCAGCUAGACAGUGGAGACCAGCUCCGCUGGGAGUGCAAGGCCACUGCGAAGCCAAGAGCAAUAUAUCGUUGGCUAAAGAAUGGACUUCCUUUGUUGCCACAGAACAGGAUUGAGAUGGUUAAUGGAAUGCUGACAAUUCACAAUGUAAACCAAUCUGAUGCUGGAAUGUACCAGUGUCUGGCAGAAAAUAUCUAUGGAAUUAUCUAUGGAAGUGCGGAACUGAAGGUUCUAGCAUCAGCUCCCAUGUUUGAGCUAAACCAACGGCAGAAAACAGUAAUCAUAACUAAAGGGAAAGAAGUUGUUUUGGAAUGUAAACCACAGGCUUCCCCUAAACCGACCAUCUCCUGGAUGAAAGGCGACAAGGCUGUUAGGCAGAACAAGAGGGUAGCUGUUCUUCCAGAUGGAAGUUUACGGAUCUUAAACACUUCCAAGAACGAUGAAGGAAAAUAUACGUGCCUUGGCGAGAAUAUAUUUGGUUCUGCAGAAAUUGUAGCAUCUGUGUUUGUUGCAGAACCAUCAAAGAUUGAACUGACCCCAAAAAGGACAGAACUAACAGUCGGAGAGAGCAUUGUUUUAAGCUGCAAGGCUAUCCAUGACCCGACACUCGAUGUAAUCUUUUCCUGGUUUUUGAAUGGAAAAGCUGUUGACUUUGAAAAAGAAGAUGGACAUUUUGAGAGCAUUAGAGCACAAACGUCCUCUGCAGAUUUAAUGAUUAGAAACAUCCUUUUGGUGCAUGCUGGGACAUACGGCUGCAGGGUUCAGACCACGGCUGAUAGUGUAUCAGAUGAGGCGGAACUACUUGUUAGGGGUCCCCCAGGCUCCCCAGGAGUCGUAAUUGUUGAGGAAAUUACAGAAAGUACAGCUACAUUGUCCUGGAGUACCGGCGUUGAUAAUCACAGUCCCAUCCUCUACUAUAAUCUACAAGCUCGCAGUCCAUUUUCACUUGGAUGGCAGACAGUAAAAACAGUCCCUGAAAUUAUCAGUGGAGAUAUGGAAUCUGCGAUGGUUGUUGAUUUGAAUCCAUGGGUAGAAUACGAGUUCCGUGUUGUAGCCACUAACAGCAUUGGUACUGGUGAUCCCAGUCCAUCAUCCCGAGUUAUCAGAACCAGUGAAGCAGUUCCCAAAACUCCUCCAGCUAAUGUUAGUGGGGGGAGUGGAAGACGCCAUGAGUUAGUGAUAACUUGGGAGCCUGUAUCAGAAGAGUUCCAGAAUGGAGAAGGGUUUGGUUACAUUGUGGCCUUCAGACCCAAUGACACAAGAGGUUGGAAAGAAAAGAUGGUUACUUCUUCAGAUGCCUCAAAGUUUAUCUACAGAGAUGAAAGUACUCCCCCACUAACUCCUUUUGAAGUCAAGGUCGGCGUAUACAAUAAUAAAGGCGAUGGACCUUUUAGUGAUAUUGUAUUCAUCUGUUCUGCAGAAGGAGAACCCAGCAAUCCUCCUGCAGAUGUCAAGGCAACUGGUUUGUCUGCCUCUGAGAUUCUGGUUGCAUGGAAACCUUUUAAAGAGAAUUUGGGGAAAUCUCUGGGAUUUGAGGUUAGUUACUGGAAAGAUAUGGAGCAAGAAGAGGCAGCUGAAAAAGUAAAAACUGCAGGAAAUGAGUCGUCCAUCAUCCUGACAGACUUAGAAGGAAAUACAUUAUAUCACAUCACAGUGAGAGCAUACAACAGAGCUGGAUUUGGACCACCAAGCAACGCCGUAGAAGCGAAAUCCAAAAAAUCACCUCCAAGUCAAGCUCCCAGCAUUGUCGACUGCAAGAGAAAUGGACCCCAUGUGUCUCUGGGCUGGGAAGCUGUCAGAUCAUUAGCAAACGAAUCCGAUGUCAAGGGCUACAAGGUCAUGUUGAGACAAGAAGGUCAGAGCAACAGCCAAGUCUUUCACACACAGACAACAUCGGCUGUGGUCCUUAUUCCUGAUUCUGGGUUUUAUAUCAUUGAAGUGCGAGCAGUUAGUGAAGGAGGAGAUGGAACAGCCAGUUCCCAAAUCAGAGUUCCAGCUAAUUCAGGGAAAGUAACAAGUGCCACGACAACAUUGCAUAACAUUUCGUCAACGUCAUCUUUAACAUUACUUUUGGCAUUGGUAGUACCAACGACAACUUCGUGGUGAAGAAGAAUAUUUAUUUAUUUACUUAUUUAGUUAUUUAUUUUGCUUUUAAAAAAAAAAAAUAUAUUAUUUAUGAUUUUGUUUUUAUCGGUGACAUGAUCAGAGAGUUUCUUAUACAUGAAGACAUUUGAGAUACUUUACCUUCUCAUCAACGAAACACCCAAAGACUAAAUAAAAUAAACUUAGAGCUGUGCUGGCAAAAUUAUUUUUUAGCAUUGUUAACUGAUGAGAUUGUAUUUUCCUUUUUUCUUUUUUUGAUUAUUGACUAUAUAGGAAGGCUUGCAAAUCACCUGUACAAGCUUCUGUAAUGACAAACGUACAGUACUUUUGGUUAUAUUAUCUAGAUUAUUUUAUAUGCUUUCUACUGAGUGGAUAACUGAUUACUGGAGUGUGUACCCUUAACUUGUUGAAGCAGUGGUGUGCAGUACAUACAUACAUAGAGUACGUGUUAUGUACUAUAGGUCUGGUGAUAUAUCUCUACAUGCACUCUUUAAGCCUCUAAAUCACUACAAAUAGUGAUUAAAAAAAUAUGACUCUACGAUUACAGAUUUAUUAUGAUGCAGAAAAAUAUCAUUUCUUUCAUUGAAAAUCUUUACCUACUUGAAAAUGCUUAUUUUUUUCAUAAAACGAUGAAUAAAAGAACGAGAAAACAUUUAGAAUAAAAUACUGCACUAUAUGUAUAUAUAUUGUUCUACAUAGUGAAAUUUACUUAAAGGAGCAGUCUGGUUAUAUUAAAAGUGUCUUUUUUUAAAUUACACUUUGUUCAUUUUUAUUUAAUUCUACAUCACUAUUUGGGAUUUAGUUCCUUUCUUGUUCCCUUUUGCUGAUUUUGUUUUCUUCACUUAUCUAACAAGAGUCCAUGAAUGUGUAGCAGAGUAUGGAAAUGUCAGCAAACCUUCCGGGUCCACCACUUGGAAAUCGUUGUGUUCUCCUUAUUUAUGGUAUAAUUGAUGAGACUAAACACACAGCAAAAGUUCAAAGCUUGCUGCAAAGUGGUGAUGUCCCCAAAAGAACCCAAGACUUCUCAAAAAGUAGAUAUA